UUAGUUGCUCUCAGGCAGUGUGGCAUCAGAGGCAGCUGCUUUUACGGAUCGGUGGCAGCUUCUGUUGACACCGGAAGUGCCUGUACGAGCUACUGCUACCACGGUCUGAGCUUGCCCUCACUGCGUGGAAGUGUCGGGAUGGAUGUUUACAGUAGUUUUUUGGAAAUGCUUUUUCCAUUCGUAGCCUAAAGCCUCCGUGUGUUAUGUUAACCUUAUCAUACAGAGCUAGCAUACAGUACAAUAGGCGCUCGGUUGUAACGUUUGCAUGUUAUUUAGGUUAUUUAUGGAAACGAUUGGAGUUGCUUUAUCGCUGAGUUUCUCGUGACAUUUUUCUGGAACAAUGUGUUUAACGUUGAAUAUCGUCCCACAUUUAUGUGGAGCCUCAGCUCCCAGACAUAGACGGUAUAUGUACCCUUACUAGCUAACCAGCUAACAGCAACAUCUUGUAGUUAGCACCGAGCUGUCUGCUAAGUUGUUGGUUAAAUCUCUACAAAUACGUUAGUGCCAAGAUGUCAGCUGCUCUUGAGUGGGACAAAGUGACGGGAAUUGACCCCGCGACCCUCCUUGACUGUGAUAAAGACCAGGUGGACGAGGUCUUCGACAUGUUCAUUAUGACACAAGACUGGCAGCUGAAGAAUAAAAGUCCUGAGACCAUUCUUCAUCUCCUUAAAAUGUUUCAGGCCAUACUCAAGAUGAAGAAUGGGGAACUUGCCGUUUCUGUCAAAUUCCUUGAAGACGCCGGGGUAGAACAUGCUAGAACUGUAAAUGAACUCCAUGCCAAGGUGUUCAGGCUGGAAAAAGAGCACAAGCACUCCGGCACCGGGCCAGACACCCGCUUUCUGAGAGAUGAGAUUCGGCAGCUCGAGACCCAGCUGGCACAAAAGGAGAACGAAUUGAUCCAGCUAAAUAAGGAAAUGGUCAAAGAGAAGAAAACCAGCGAGGAGUUGCUCGUGCGAGCAGAGGAAGCUGAGGAUGAGGCCAGGAAGCUGAAAAGAGAGAACGAGCAGCUCCACCAGGAUGUGGACUUCUAUCGUGGAGAGCUGGAGCAGAAAGAGUCUGUCCCUUCCAGAGAUGAGAGCGCUGAGACUCAGAGAAAGCUCACCUCUGCCAAUCGCCAGCUCUACCAGUGCUUAGAAGACCUUCAGCGGGUAGAGGAUGAAAACGUGUACCUCAAGACACAGAAUGAGCAAAUGCAGAAAAGUCUGGAAGAGUCGGUGAGGGAGAUGGAGACGAUGACAGACGAGUACAACAAGAUGAAGAUUGUUGUGCAGCAGACCGACUCCAUCGUGGACCAGCUCAGGAUAGAGAGGGAUCAUGCAAAGCUUCAGGUCAGGGAGUUAACAGAUAAGAUCCAUGCCAUGACUGAGGAGGAUGACCCAAUUAUGGCUGCAGUUAAUGCCAAAGUGGAAGAGUGGAAGAGGGUGCUCUCUGGGAAGGAUGAAGAAAUUCUCGCGUACCAGCAGAUGAUCCGUGAUCUCAGGGAAAAGCUGCAUUCAGCCCAACUGGACAUGGACAAAAGCAACAUUAUAGCCCUGCAGCAGGCUGUUCAAGAGCGAGAUAACCAAAUCAAGAUGCUGAGUAAGCAGGUGGAGCAGUACACAGGGGACAUGGAGAAGCAUACCCUGCUCAUUGAAGACCUGAAGACGUCCACAAAGAGAGACAGAGGCUUACCCUCAACCACACAGCAGAGGAAGAUGGAGGAUCUGAAGUCUAAGCUAGAAGCAGCACACACCAGAGCAGUGGAAGCAGAGCUGGCCGUAAAGCUGGCAGAAGAUCAUGCUGAGGAAAAAGACAAAGCACUCAUUGAGGCCUCAAACCGAUUGAGCCAGUAUGAGUCUGGUACUUAUGGCCUGGAAUCUGCCAUUGCGGAGAUCAAAGAGUGUAAGAAUCAAAUUAAAGUGAGAGAUUGUGACGCAGAAGCCAUGACCAAAGAGAUCAACCAGCUUGAAAUGAGAAUCAAUGACCUCAUUGAUGAAAAUGAGGAUCUCAGAGAGAGACUUGGUCUGGGACCAAUGCAGGAAGUGGAUCUGACAGAAUUCAGGAGAGCCAAAGAUCUCAGGCGACGACAGUACAAAGCAGAAAACCAAGUCCUCACCAAAGAGAUUGAACGGCUUGAAGAGGAAAGACUGGAACUCAAGAAACAAGUUAGACGCAUGGUGAAGGAUGGAGGGAUCGCAUCAUCAAAUUCACUUCUGGAGGAAGACAUCAGACCUAGCAGAAGCGCACUGCAAAGCAGCUCCCACACAAAUGAAGAGAUCAGACGCAAGAAUGAGUACCUAGAAAAAGAACUGAGCAAAAAGGAACAAGAGCUGGGAGUCAAUAAGUCUCAGUUUCAGGUCAAAUUGGAAGAACUCUCAAAAGUGAAACAAGAUCUUGAGGGUGUGCUAAAAGACGUCCUCCAAGCCAUGAGGAUUAAUCAAGAGGCAGCUACAUCUGAUGGUGCCAUCGAUAUUGCCAAUCUGGAAAGGGUAGCUAAUGCAAUAGAUGUCAACAUGAGUGGGCAGUCUGAGUCAACCCUGCACCUCCAGCCCCAACUUCAUCAGCUCUUAGGAAGAAACGUAGAACUGAGACGGGAACUGAAAUUGGCCCAGGAGGAGGCCACAAGCAGCUUUGGUCAGCUCGCCAGUGCAAAAGAAAAGGUGAGACAACUGGAAGGUGAAUUGGAACUGCUUAGGAAGUCAAAAUGCAGUGGACUAGCUCUCCGACCCCUGACCCUCCCUGAGGGCCUGGAGCCCAGUAGCACUGAGGUCAUCAGUUCCUUAAAUGAGUAUGUUGUUCGACUUCUUCAGGAACUCAAAAACAGGGAGGACCAAAGCAAGACACUUGAAACAACAUUGGAAGAAUACAAAGAGAAGUUUGCUGUUAUCAGCCACCAACAGGGACUCCUCUAUAAAGAAUACCUGAGUGAAAAGGCUGAGUGGCAGAAGGAGAAACAGACAUUUGAAGAUGUGAAGGAAAAACUAGAGGAACAGAAGCAGGUGGACGCUGUUAAAAUCCAAGAGUUCAACGAGCUGUUAGACACGCUUGAAAAGGAUCCAGUGGAAGUCCGGAGACAAUUGAGUGAAGCGUUGCGAAAGUUGACUGUGCUGAAGGUGAAUGAGAAGAAACUGACACGGCGCUACACCACCCUGCUGGAGCAGGAACAGCACUUGCGCAAGGAGAACAACAAGCUACAGGACGACAGCAUCCACAUGCAGGCUUCGGUCACUCAGAGGAUAGGCUACCUGCAGAGAUACAAGGAAAUGGCUUCAUAUCAGAUAGCAGCACUGCAAAAGGCCUUGGAUGAUAGUGUGCCCUCAUCAAACCUGGAGAAGGCUAACAAACAGUACACAGAACUCACAGUCAAGUACAGAGACAUGCUGCAGAGGGACAGCUGCCUCAUACAGAGAACCACCAAUCUCGAACAUUUGGAGAGUGAAAAUGAGUCUCUCCGGGAGCAAAUCUCUGCCAUGAACAAAGAGCUGGAGAUCACUAAGGAGAAAAUGAAUACGUUGGAGCAGGCAUGGGAGAACAUCAGUUUAACUGGAGGUGAAAUUGGAAUGGAUAAGGCAAGCAAGGCAUUGGCCAACAAUGAAAUGGUAUCUAUUGCCAGACGAAUCACCACUCUUGAGAUGAAGGAGCUGAACGAGAGGCAGAGAGCGGAGCAUGCCCACAGAAUGUUUGAACAUGUAAGGAAUUCCCUCAGACAAAUGGAAGAGCGCAACUUAGAGCUGGAGUCCAAGUUUGCAGAGUUGACCCGUAUGAACGUAGACGCCCAGAGGAUCGAGCGGGAGCUGAGAGAUGAGCUGGCAGACAGCAUCAGUAAAGCUGUGAGCGAUGCUGAUAGAGCAAGGAUCACAGAGCUGGAGAAGGCUGAGGCUGAGCUCCACAUCGAGGUUUCUAAGCUUCAAGGGGUGUCUGAUGUGGCUGUGAUGCAGGCGUCUGCUCUACAAGCGAGACAACAGUCCAAUCAGAGGGAGGUAGAAGUUCUGAGGAGACAAAUAAUGGACUUCCAGUCACAUUCAGAUGAGAAAGCCCUCAUUGCGAAGCUCCACCAGCACAUUGUGGCUCUGCAGCUGAGUGAGUCAGCCGCCUUUGCCAAACUGGAGGCUUCCACCUCUCACAUUCACAAGUUGGAGGCCUACAAGCUGCGUGCUGAACAGCGGCUGGAUGCCAGUGAGCGCACUCUGUUCCUCGCCCGCCAGGAGGGCAGAAAUCGGUCCAAGCACCUGCGGCAAACCAUCCAAUCACUACGGAGGCAGUUUGCCGGAGCGCUGCCGCUCCCCCAGCAGGAAAAGUUCUCUGUGACCAUGAUGAACCUCCAAGAGGACAGAGCGAAAGCCCAGGAGGAAAAGAGGAAGGCAGAGAACGAGAGGAUAAGAGCAGAGGGCAGGGUUGAGGAGCUGGAACUGAGGAGUCGAGGGCUGGAGGAGCUCAUCUCAACACUGAAGGAUGUGAAAGGAGCCCAGAAGAUAACUGAAUGGCACAAGAAGAUGGAAGAAGCUCGUCUGCAGGAGCUGCGCAAAAGUAGAGAGCUGAUGGUCCAGAAGGAGGAGAUCAGGUAUCUGAAGAACCUUGUGGAACAGCAGGAGCGAAACAUCCGGACUCUGGAAGAGGAUAAUGUGCAGCAAAACACACUUCAAGAAGAACACCAGCUCAUGUGGGAUCAGCGAGAGGUGGAGCUGCAGCGCCAAGUGGAUCAGUAUGAGAAACACCAAGAUGAAAUUGUGAGCAGUGUGAAAAAGUUUGAUGAAGGAACCAGCUCCCUACCAGACCCCAGUCUACCUCUUGCUCAUCAGUUAGACUUUGCUCUGAGUAAAAUCAGAGAGCAUGUCCGCACCAUCUUGGACACACAGGCCACCUGCAAAAGUUUGGAUGAGAAGUUGAAAGAGAAAGCAGAGGCUCUGUGGAAGGCAGAACAGAACAUUGUGUCCAGGGAUAAAGUCAUCAAUGAGUUGCGUCUUCGGCUCCCAGCUGCUGCCAACAGAGAACGCCUCCUGGCUGACCUCGCCAAGCACGAGGAGGGCCAGUCGGAUUGUCAGCCUGCCCUCAAGCUGGCUCAGCAGGCCAUCAAAGACCUCCAGGGUCGACUUGACAAGAAGGAGGACGUAUUAAAGAAAUACCAGAACCAGUUGGCUCUAGCCAGAGAGGAUCAAGUUGAGAUGAUAAAGAGACAUCAGGAGGAGCUCAGGAUUCUACAUCAGAAGCUUGACUUGCACUCUGACACGUCAUUGGACCGCUUCAAACAGACAGCAAUGGAGCUAAUGAAGAAGCCCACGAUCAAAGUGCCGACCUCCAAGCAUCUGGAGCGCCUGGCUGAGCUGGAGCAGACCGUGGCUGAGCUGGACCUCUCGCUGUCGUCUGCUACAGAAAAGCUGAAGCUGACCACCGAUGAGCUGCAGCGACAGAGGACCGCCAUGGAAGCACAGGCUAAGAGACACGCUGAUGACAUGUCAAAGAUAGAUGAGCAUCAUGCUUCCCAGGUGAAGAGUCUGACUGCUGAGACUGAGGAUCAGGGAAACCAAAUGGCCCUGAAGGAGAAGGAGAUGAACUACCUCCGCACUGAGCUGGAGGCCCAGAGGGAGGCCAACGUCCGCUCCCCCAGUAACACCAUGAAAAACCUGGUUGAACGACUCAAAGCUCAGCUCGCUCAGAAAGAGAAACAGCUCAAGGCUCUCAGUAAAGCUCUGUUGGAGCUGCGGGCAGAGAUGACGUCUGCUGCUGAGCAGCAAGUCAUAGCUAAUGCUGCACAAAAAGAAGAGAGCCUCAAUGUACAGAUGCUGAUUGACAAGCACACCAAAGACCUGAAGGUGCGGUUGCAAGAACUCAAUGAAGACCUUCAAGCUGCAAAGGACACCGCCAAGGCAAUGAAAGGUCGGGAGAACACCCUGAAAGACGAAGUGGACCAAUUGAAACAGGACCUCCAGAGGAGUCAUAAAACCCAGAGACGUCUGCAGGCUGAGAGGCAAGAGAAGGAGCAGGAAAUUCUGGAGCUCAAGCAACAAACCAAGAGGCUCAGCAGCGCUCUGCAGAAUCAACCAGAACCAGAUGGGAAGGGGCCGACAGUCGAGAAUCUGCAGAAGAAGAUCAGGAGGCUGGAGUCUGACUUGGACAAAAGGGCAGAAAUGAAACAUGUUAAAGAUGAUCAUGGAAAGUCUAAAGAAGAGAUUUUGCGGUGGGAGGAGGGUAAGAAAUGGCAGGCCAAGAUGGACAAAGUGAAGAAUUCACUGAAGGAGAAGGAACGUGAGAACGAGUCCAUGUCCAAACAGCUCAGCACUCUGAAAGACCUCUACGCCAGACUGGAGCAAGAGAAGGGCACACUGCAGAAAAAGCUCAAGGCUCGAGGUGUGACUGCUGACCAGGUAGUGGGUGUGAGAGCCACUGAAAUGGAGAAGGAACUAGAGGAGCUGAAGAAGAAGAACUUAGACCUGGAGACGCAGAUCCUCACCAUAAAACAACAACAGGCUUUACCUCAUGAUGAUGCCAUGGAGAGUCUGAUGCUGAAGAACCGCUAUCUCGAGGACAGAUUCCACACUUUAGAGGGUCAGAUGUCCAAAGAGCCUUCGUCAAGACCCUCUGUAAAAAGCUCCUCCUCCCAGGCUUUGAGAGGGAUUGGUUCUGUCACUUUUGAUGUUGUGGAUGGGUCGUUCGAACAGAAUGUUACACCCCAUCUAGCUGAAUCCUCCAGCUGCUCCGUCAGCCCUGAAGCUGUCAAAGACCCCGCUCACCAUCAGAGGGCGCCAAAGCAGAGUCACACAGACAGAGAAACUCAAACCAGCUUUGUUGGGGAAGAGGAUGUUUGCCUUGACCACGAGCAACCGAGCCCCGAUGUAGAAGAAAACUCAGCAGCUGACAAAACCCAUGAUGAAGUAGAUGAUGAGACACAAACAGAAGCAGAUCAUGUAGAAAGCACAAACAUCCCAUGUGGUUCUGAUCUUGAUGUGCUUGAAGAAAAAGAAGAAAGCACCUUGCUCUCUCAACCACAGAUCGCAAAAGAAACUGGGGCCAAGUCUGAUGAUCUGUUAGAAAGACCUAGAUCCGUUAUGUCAUCCUCUAAGCCAAGGGCAGCAGCAACAGGCCAUGAAACAAGUGAAACUAUGACUAAAGAGAGUCCUGCUGAACAAGAGGGUCGAGACACUGAUGAUGAUGAUAAUGAUGAUGAUGUGAGAAUCAGGGCAGAGAAGACACAAGAGGAUAAUAAGCAGAUUGAGCUGAAAGAUGAAGCAGUUGAGACUACAAAGGAGGCAACAGAGGAAGAUAAUCCAGAACAGUCAUGUUCAGCAGAACCAGAUGUGGAAUCCAGCACCACACAGAGCAAACACCUGGGGUUCAUUAGAAGAAGAAGGGAUGAGUGCAUCCGAAAACGAGAAAGCAGAUGUCUUAGAUAUCAAAAGACUUCAGGUAGAGGCACUGGCACACCCUCACAGAGAGAUCAAGACCUUCAAAAAGAAAACCUCAAGCUUGCCUCUGAGAACCUGGAGCUGCGCUUUCAGCUGGAGCAGAGCGACAAAGACUUACCGAGACUCAAGAACCAAGUUGCAGACCUGAAGGAGAUGUGCAGCGCUUUGAAGAAGGAAAAGGCAGAGGUGAAGAAAAACCUGGCUCAUAUAAGUGGAUCUGGCCAAAGUGGUAAAACAGUACCUGAACUUGAGAAAACCAUUGGGUUGAUGAAGAAGGUGGUGGAGAGGGUGCAGAGGGAGAAUGAGACGCUGAAGAGGUCCGGUGCACUGGCUAGUCAAGAAAAGGUCUCUGCCUUGGAGCAGGAAAACCAAAACCUUAAGGCUGAAUAUGAGAAGCUCAAGAGCCAAAGUGAAGCUGAGCUGAGAUCAAAACUUGAAUCUAGGACCAAAGGACUGGAGAAAAUAGUGAUUGAAAACGAACGUCUACGCAAGGAGAUCAAGAGGGAAAUGGAGGCCGCAGAGAGACUGAGAGGCACCAAAACGCAUCUGGAGGUAAACAACGAGAAGCUGGAGGCGGAGCUGGAGGAAACCAAACAGCGGCUGCGUGCAGCUCUGUCCAAACCUGUCUCAGAGGGAACCGACACAAAGACCUGGAAGGCUUCUGUGGUAACAAGAAUGUUUGAAAACAAGAUGAAGGAACUGGAGAAGGAGCUCUCCCAGAAGACCUCCAGGCUGUCUGAAGUCAAACAGCAGCUGAAGGAGGCGAGCGAGCGUGAGGAAAGAGCACAGACCAGCAUCCGACAGCUUGAAGAUCAGGUUGACAUGUUUAAAAGCUGCCCCACUGCUGCAAAGACAGAUGCUGGACUCACCAAGGAGUUCAGGGCAAUGAGGUUGGUCAACACUGAGCUGCAGCAGGAGAACAGAGAUCUGAAGCACAGCCUCAGUGAGUACAGUCAGCGAUAUGGUGAGACUUCAUCAAAACCAGAUCUCGGGAAGCUCAGAAGUCGUCUGCAGGCAGCAGAGAUGGAGAAAACAAAACUUCAAGAUGAGGUCAACAAGUUGCAGAAAGAACUGGAGAACUUUGACCCGACGUUUUUUGAGGAGAUUGAGGACUUGAAAUAUAACUACAAUGUGGAGGUGAAGAAGAACAUUGUGCUGGAGGAGCAGCUGAGGAAAGUGUGUGACCGGUUUGGUGUAAAAGUGGAAAUGCCCAGUGUUUCCAUCAGUUGACACUAGGUUACUGAGCCGUUCAGUGGGCUUAACACGGUUAGAAUAAAUCUUUGAAUUUAUCUUUAACUUUAGCGCUUAUUUUCAGUUUAGAGCUCAGCUGAACCUUAAAGGGAUAGUUCACCCCAAAAUGAAAAAUGUAAUCAUUAUCUACUCACCACAAUGCCAUGAAGUAUAUGGGUGAAGUGUUUGAUGCCACACAACACAUUUAACGAGUCGCGGGGGGGGGGGGGGGUAAACAGAUUCAAACACUUCAUCCCUCCCCUCCAUCGGCAUAGUGGUGGGAAUUUUCAUCUUUCUUUAAUAUGGUCCUGAAUGAAAUGUGUUUGAAAGAUUGAGUAGGAACCAAAUCAUUAAGUUUGACCUUUUAAUGUGACACAGCUCCCCCACCCUCUUCCAUUAGGCAGCCUUCUAUGUUAAUGUACUAGUUCUCUGGCUGGUGUAGUAGCAUAUUUAUAAGAUUUGUAUACUGUACAGUUCUGACAUAUUGAACUUCAAUGUAAGUGUCCUUUGUGAAUAAAGUUUUGAUACUUA